UUCCGGCGUGACGGCUUAGGAAUAAAGGAUGAUAGACUCUGCAUACGAGAAAACUUUAAAAAACUGGCUUGGAAAAGUGGAAACUAUGGACAGCAAAGUGAAUAAAAAAACCUCUCGCCAGCACAAGAGAAAUCCCCAUGAUAGUAGCGGCAGUAUGGACGAUUUGAAUCAAAAUUUCAGCCGUCAGAACAAACCCUUCCCCAAGAGUCAAGUUUCAAUGAAUCCUCAUUCUAAAUACCCACCACAUCCCAAGGCAAAUCAUCACACUUCUUGUGAUGUGCGGGAUACUUUAGAAAAAUUAUACAAUAAGCAUUCAAACAAUAUUAACAGUAAAUUGAACACAAUAAUGCAAAAAGUUAACAACUUUUCUAGUGAAGUCGAAAAAUUAAAAGAACAGAACAAAGAAUUGCACCAAAGAAAUGUAAUUUUGAUGCAACUGCUCCAGGAAAAAGAAGGUUUAAAGGGAAAAUAUUUUGCUACCGAAAAUAACCCUAACUUGAAUAAAACUUUUUCACUCUCGCCAGCACCAAAAAAGUCCAAGUCACCCAAGAAAAUUGCGGAUGAAGAAGAGAUACUCCUAGAUGAUCCUACAGCCAAUGAAGAUGAAAAGGCAACUACUAUAGUCAACUCCAUGCGUGAUCUUGUGAGGAAAUGCGCUUCCGCGAUAGAUUCUCCUGUGUUGUUCAAUCUCCAAGAGAAUCCUGGGCCUUCAGGAGUAGGUGAUCAGACCAGCACGAAUGAGUUUUUCAUCUCGGAACAAACGCCAAUGUCUGAAUAUGAUCAGCUCCUCAGCCUUGCUGAGGAAAAAAUCAUUUAUGCUAGUGCUGCCUUCAGAUGUGAUAAAUGCCUACAAAACUUCAUAGAUUGCAACCAAGGAGACGGAGUGAUUCUUAAGAAUUGCAAUCAUACAUACUGCCAAGGCUGCAUCAAGCAACAUAUACUUGAAAAUACAGAUCUAGGUUCUAUUAAUUGUCUUCAAGAGGACUGUGAAUUUUCAAUCUUGGAGAGUGAGAUAGAGGCACUCAUGACUAAGGAGGAAUAUGAAGUAAGAUUACACCAUGCCGUCAAAAACAUCAAAGCCAGUAUGGAAAACCCAAUCCAAUGUGUUACAAAAGGGUGUGGAAACAUUGUUGAUGUUGGGAAAAAUGUAUUCGACUUUAAAUGUCCGCUGUGCAAAAAUGUCAAUUGUCUAGACUGCAAGAAAAUUCACGCUAAUGGACUAACAUGUCGGAAACUAGCUGAUUUAACCUUAGAAGAACAAGUAAGGAAUUUCGCCACUUGGGAGUCCUACCACAACGACCCUUUAGUGUUUCACACAAAAGAUUUUGAGUGCCAAAUCUGUUAUGGUCAAUAUGGGCCUGGAGAAGGUGUUACGCUGAAAGAAUGUCUCCAUACUUUCUGCAAGGAUUGUCUCACAGCAUACAUUGAAAAUGAAGAUAGUGCUUCGAUCAAAUGCCCCUAUGCAGAUGAUAAACACAGUUGUUCAUUUAAUAUACAAGACCGAGAGGUGAAAGCGCUGCUAACCAAGGAAGCUUUUGAAAAAUAUGUAUCAAGAUCAAUUAAGCUUGCUGAAGGGAGUAUGCAAAACACAGUCCAUUGUUUAACACCGGAUUGCGAGUUUUUUCUCACAAUCGAGGAUAUGCCAAAUUUCACUUGUGAAAAGUGUCAUGAGCUGAACUGUCUUGAAUGCAAGGCUAUUCACACCAACAAAACUUGUCGACAGCACCAAGAGGAUUUGUUGGAAAAGUCAGACCCAGAAAAACAAGCUGAUAUUGCGGCUUCUGAACACGCUCUUAACAAUCUGGUGGCUCAAGGUCUGGCGAUGAUUUGUCCCAAUUGUGGUGCUCAUGCAAUGAAAGCAGAAGGCUGUGAUGCAAUCGUGUGUCGUUGCAAAACAGAAUUAUGUUGGGCCACUAAAAAGACACGAUGGGGCCCAAGAGGUACUGGAGACACUUCAGGAGGAUGUCAGUGCAAUGUCAACGGGAGACGAUGUCAUCCAAAUUGUCAAAACUGCCAUUGAAAAUCAAAAUAUUUCAUCAAUAAAUCACGAUAUUUUUAAUUUUUUA